AUAUAAAGAGAAUACGGAUCAUUCAUUUUCUAAAUAUAAAGCAACAAACAAUCAAAAGAUUUUCUUAUAUCCCUUCUAAAAUAGUUCUAUUUCAUCUGAUAUUUCGUUAUGUUCCUUAGUAAUGCUAAUAUAACUGCUCACGUGAUUUGAAAUAAAGUACCUAAGAAUAUCUUCUCUGUAAGAUAUGCAAGAAAGACAAAAAAUUUCAUUUGUUCCAUCUAGGAAUCUCUAAGUGAAAUAUGAAUAGACUAGGUUGCACAAAAAAUUCUUUAACUUCAUUAAAUUCAAAGUUCAGAAAAGGUUUUAGAAUUAAAAAAAAGGGUCCGUUGAGCGCCUUACUACUAUGUCAUAAUAGAUCCGAACACUUGCCCCGGAUUAACUUCCGGAUCAUAAUUGUUCUAGUGAAUAACUAAAGAAAAUAUAGAAUAAAUAGAUGGGAGAUAGAAGAGAAAGUUAUUCAAUAUAAACAUCUCUCAUAAGUUCACUAAUUAUGUUUUAUGUUGGCGGGUCUCUUUGUAUGUGUUGUCCGGAAAGAGGAGGACUCAAUGAUUAUUCGUUCGCCGGAACCAAAAGUCAAAAUUUUGGUAGAUCCAGAAGUCAAAAUUUUGGUAGAUAGGGAUCCCAUAAAAACUUCUUUCGAGCAAUGGGCAAAGCCUGGUCAUUUCUCAAGAACAAUAGCUAAGGGACCUGAUACUACUACUUGGAUCUGGAACCUACAUGCUGAUGCUCAUGAUUUCGAUAGCCAUACUAGUGAUUUAGAGGAGAUUUCCCGAAAAGUAUUUAGUGCUCAUUUCGGCCAACUCUCCAUUAUCUUUCUUUGGCUGAGUGGCAUGUAUUUCCAUGGUGCUCGUUUUUCCAAUUAUGAAGCAUGGCUAAAUGAUCCUACUCACAUUCGACCUAGUGCCCAGGUGGUUUGGCCAAUAGUAGGCCAAGAAAUAUUGAAUGGUGAUGUAGGCGGAGGUUUCCGCGGAAUACAAAUAACUUCUGGUUUUUUUCAGAUUUGGCGAGCAUCUGGAAUAACUAAUGAAUUACAACUCUAUUGUACUGCAAUUGGUGCAUUGGUCUUUGCAGCCUUAAUGCUUUUUGCUGGUUGGUUUCAUUAUCACAAAGCUGCUCCAAAAUUGGCUUGGUUCCAAGAUGUAGAAUCCAUGUUGAAUCACCAUUUGGCAGGGCUACUAGGACUUGGGUCUCUUUCUUGGGCGGGGCAUCAAGUACAUGUAUCUUUACCAAUUAACCAAUUUCGAAAUGCUGGAGUAGAUCCCAAAGAGAUCCCACUUCCUCAUGAAUUUAUCUUGAAUCGGGAUCUUUUGGCUCAACUUUAUCCAAGUUUUGCCGAAGGAGCAACCCCAUUUUUUACCUUGAAUUGGUCAAAAUACGCGGACUUUCUAACUUUUCGUGGAGGAUUAGAUCCACUAACUGGGGGUCUAUGGCUGACCGAUAUUGCACAUCAUCAUUUAGCUAUUGCAAUUCUUUUUCUCAUUGCCGGUCAUAUGUAUAGAACUAAUUGGGCUAUUGGUCAUGGUAUAAGAGAUAUUUUAGAGGCCCAUAAAGGUCCAUUUACAGGCCAAGGUCAUAAAGGUCUAUAUGAGAUCCUAACAACGUCAUGGCAUGCUCAAUUAUCUAUUAACCUAGCUAUGUUAAGCUCUUUGACCAUUAUUGUAGCUCACCAUAUGUAUGCUAUGCCUCCUUAUCCAUACCUAGCUACUGACUAUGGGACACAACUGUCAUUGUUCACACAUCACAUGUGGAUUGGGGGAUUUCUCAUAGUUGGUGCUGCUGCACAUGCAGCCAUUUUUAUGGUAAGAGACUAUGAUCCAACUACUCGAUACAACGAUCUAUUAGAUCGUAUUCUUAGACAUCGCGAUGCAAUCAUAUCACAUCUCAACUGGGUGUGUAUAUUUUUAGGCUUUCACAGUUUUGGUUUGUAUAUUCAUAAUGAUACCAUGAGUGCUUUAGGGCGCCCUCAAGAUAUGUUUUCUGAUACCGCUAUACAAUUACAACCAGUCUUUGCUCAAUGGAUACAAAAUACCCACGCUUUAGCACCUGGUACAACGGCCCCUGGUGCAACAGCAAGCACCAGUUUGACUUGGGGCGGUGGUGAUUUAGUGGCAGUGGGCGGCAAAGUAGCUUUGUUACCUAUUCCAUUAGGAACUGCAGAUUUUUUGGUACAUCAUAUUCAUGCAUUUACAAUUCACGUGACGGUAUUGAUACUCCUAAAAGGAGUUCUAUUUGCUCGUAGCUCACGAUUGAUACCGGAUAAAGCAAAUCUUGGUUUUCGGUUCCCUUGUGAUGGACCUGGAAGAGGGGGGACAUGCCAAGUAUCCGCUUGGGAUCACGUCUUCUUAGGAUUAUUUUGGAUGUACAAUUCAAUUUCUGUAGUAAUAUUCCAUUUCAGUUGGAAAAUGCAGUCCGAUGUUUGGGGUAGUAUAAACGAUCAAGGAGUAGUAACUCAUAUCACAGGAGGAAACUUUGCGCAGAGUUCGAUUACCAUUAAUGGGUGGCUCCGCGAUUUCUUAUGGGCGCAGGCAUCCCAGGUAAUUCAGUCUUAUGGUUCCUCAUUAUCUGCAUAUGGUCUUUUUUUCUUAGGUGCCCAUUUUGUAUGGGCUUUUAGUUUAAUGUUUCUAUUCAGCGGGCGUGGUUAUUGGCAAGAACUUAUUGAAUCCAUCGUUUGGGCUCAUAAUAAAUUAAAAGUUGCUCCUGCUACUCAGCCUAGAGCCUUGAGCAUUGUACAGGGACGUGCUGUAGGAGUAACCCAUUACCUUCUGGGUGGAAUUGCCACAACGUGGGCAUUCUUCUUAGCAAGAAUUAUUGCAGUAGGAUAAUGGCUAGGAGGAUUUGAAAAGCAUUAUGGCAUUAAGAUUUCCAAGGUUUAGCCAAGGCUUAGCUCAGGACCCCACUACUCGUCGUAUUUGGUUUGGUAUUGCUACCGCACAUGACUUCGAAAGUCAUGAUGAU